AAGUGGAACAGGGCAGUCCCUCUCCCCUUAAUUCUCCAGCAGACAGAAGAAGCCCUUCACCCCUGAAGGAGUCAGUUUUGAGGGGAGGGGGACUCUCCCAAAGGGGAGGAGACAACCCCAGGUUGGGUGAGGCUCCUCCCCUUCUCCCCAGGAUUACUGCCAAGGCGUGGGGGGUCUACCACCUCCCGCAGGUAGGACCUCCUUCUCCUCCUGCUGCUGCUCCUCCUUCUCGGGGGACUCGCCGGCCCACCCCAGCUUGGGGAACUCGGCAAAGCCCACGAAGAGCUACUGAGGAUGGGGCCCUUGGCCUGCUCCUAAAGAGAGAUAUCCCUUCAGCCCUAAACUCCAGUGCCAGGUGGUUCCCUUCCUUUGCCGGGAGAACCUCUGAGGCAGAACCUGGCAGCACCAUGGCUUCUGACCUGGAGAGCAGCCUCACCUCCAUAGACUGGCUUCCCCAGCUGACCCUUCGAGCUACCAUUGAAAAGCUGGGGGGAGCCUCACAAGCUGGGCCCCCUGGAGGUAGCCGCAAAUGCCCACCUGGUUCACCCACGGAUCCCAAUGCUACCCUGAGCAAGGAUGAAGCAGCCGUCCACCAGGAUGGCAAGCCUCGAUACAGCUACGCCACACUUAUUACCUAUGCUAUCAACUCUUCCCCAGCCAAGAAGAUGACCCUCAGUGAGAUUUACCGCUGGAUCUGUGAUAACUUCCCUUACUACAAGAAUGCUGGCAUUGGCUGGAAGAAUUCAAUUCGUCACAAUCUUUCUCUCAAUAAAUGUUUCCGGAAGGUGCCGAGACCUCGGGAUGACCCUGGGAAGGGCUCUUACUGGACAAUUGACACCUGUCCUGACAUCUCUCGUAAGAGGCGGCACCCUCCAGAUGAUGAACUGUCCCAGGACUCCCCAGAACAGGAGGCAAGUAAGAGCCCACGAGGAGGUGUCGCAGGGAGUGGAGAAGCCUCAUUGUCUCCUGAAGGAAAUACUCAGAUGUCACUGCAGAGCACCACACCCAUCACCAGCUUCAAUCAGGGUUCAGGACCUGUGGAUGGUGCAGUAGUUGCAGCUGGUGGUCCAGGACGAGAUGGGGCUGAUGGGCCACCUCCGUUGUAUAAUACCAAUCAUGACUUCAAAUUUUCCUACUCGGAGAUAAACUUUCAGGAUCUGAGCUGGUCCUUUCGAAACCUUUACAAGUCCAUGCUAGAGAAAUCUUCCUCUUCCUCUUCCCCACAUGGUUUCUCGACUCUCCUGGGUGAUAUGCAGCCUUCCAAUCACAACUACUACAUGUACCAGCAACCACCACAGCCACCCCAGCAACAACAACAACCACCCCAGCAAUCUCAGCAGCAACCACCAGCACAGGGCCCUUCAUCUGUAGGGGGUACCCCUUCACUGCAUAAUCCCAGCCCAGAGGGCUGCCCCCCACCGGGAGGGAAGCAGCCUGGGGCUGACAGCUAUGGAACCCCCUCUGUGAUGGCCAUGCAUCCGCCCCCGCUGCAGCAUGUGGGCUAUCAUCCCCAUCAGCACCACCCCCACCCGCAUCCGCCCCAGCAGCCUCCACCACCACCCCAGCAGCAGGCACCAUCCCAGGCUUCUAUCAACAAUACUGGCUUUGCAUUUCCCCCUGACUGGUGCUCCAACAUUGAUUCCCUGAAAGAAAGCUUCAAGAUGGUUAAUCGGCUUAACUGGUCCAGCAUUGAGCAGUCCCAUUUUUCAGAACUAAUGGAGAGCCUCCGGCAGGCAGAAAGAAAAAACUGGAGCUUGGACCAGCACCACAUUGCCAAUCUCUGUGACUCCCUCAACCAGUUCCUUACCCAGACUGGUCAGCUGCCCCACCCAGGGGGUCCUCACCAGCCACCACCUCCCGCUAGAAUUACUGACGCCUGUGCCCUGACCAGCGGCAAGCAAGAGUCCACAAUAAACCAAGUGAACUCUUAUGGACACCCACAAGCACCCCAUCUCUACUCUGGCCCAUCACCCAUGUACUCUAUGCCUACCCAGGACUCUCCAGCAUAUAACCGUCCAGCACAUCAUCUGGUCCCCCGGCCACCUGUCCCACCUCCUGGUUCCAAUGAGGAGAUCCCUGAUGAUUUCGACUGGGACUUGAUCACUUAGUGUAUCACAGACUGAAGAACCCAGGGCCAGUGGUAGUGAACCCUGGCAAAGAAUCUAGAAAUAACCCCAGUCCAGUUCCCUUUCCCCAAGCCUGUACAUAGAUAUAUAGAUAUAUAGAUGUAUAUCUAUUUCCUCUUUUUCUUUUUUUCUCUUUGCCAGAGAAGCCACUGCAAGAUGCUGCCGAAGAUAACCCUGCCUUCCCUGUCUUUCUCCCCAUUCUUUUAUUAUUAUUGUUAUUAUUAUAUUGUUGUUAUUACUAAUAAUAUUAUUGAUUACUUUGCCGGCCCCGACCUCCAGCCCCUGGUGCCAUGGACCAUUGCCAUCCCCAGGUUGGGCGGCAGGGACUCAAACUUCCACAUCUUGGAGAUUCAGUGCUAAUCCCACCUAUUAGCUCUGGAUUGGUUACUGCCCCUAUCAAACCUCAGUUCAGGGCUAGAGAGAGUAAGUGGAUGGGUCUAAAGGGCUAUGCUGGCAUCAUUGAUCCCAAAGGAGUCUAUGAGGUGGUGCUAUUUCCUCCCCCAUCCUGAAAUAGUUCCUGCCCCUCCCCUCCCCAAUGCUCAGUAAAGCCAGGGCUUAAAAUUCCUGUGAAAAAGAAGCAGGACAAAGUAAAAUAUGAGGUUGGCAGUAAUUGGUGACUAAAAUAGGAAGGUAGGAUCUCAGGAGAUAAGUAGGGUUUUGAUUAGGUAAGCAAAAUCCAGAUUGUUGUGAGACUCUUGUAAAGAGGUGGUGAUCUAUGAGUUUCUGGAAUUGGAUUGCACUGCCAUUGAAGUCAACCACUAUUGUGGCCUCCAGCCCACGACACCAGGAAUUGGGAUUGAUCUUAACUAGUGAACUCAACCCCUGCUCUUGUGGGGAGUGAAUAUAAUCAACCCUAACUUGAUUUCUAGGGGAGAGUUUCUAUUUUACUUUUUUUCCUCAUUCUAAAUCACUUCUUUAAAUCCACAUCUCAUUUAUAUAUGGAAAUUGCCGUCUUUAUAUGUCCACCUCCCACCCAACAAAUGUAAUAUUUUUGUCCAAAGGUCAGUUUUUCAUACUGAUCUUCCCUUUGAUCCAGUCAUUCCUUUGACCUUCCCAGAAGGGAGAGGACCCCUGAGUACCAUAAAUAUCAGCAGAGUCAAACAAAUGGCAUCGAGGUAGAAGGAUUUAGGCUGAGAGGAGAGAAGGUAUCACUGGAAGUAAAAGUGGGGAAUUCCUGGCCGUUUUAGUUGCAGAGGCAAAUGUUCAUCUCUUGGGGUUGGAGGUUUUCCCAUUGGGUUUUUGAAGAGCAUGGAGGCUUAAGAGAGGAAUACAGUGAAGGCAGCAAAAGAGAACAAAGUUUAGUGAUAACUUAUGUCCUUUAACAAUUGGAAGUCAACAUAUAUCGACUAGCUCAGUGUGCUCUUUAUGCCCAGUGAAAAGUCCAUGUUGAGUGUUUAAUUCUGGACUUCAGAGAGAAGAGGAAACUCACUUAUACCUCCACCCCCAUAUAUUUUCACUUUUAAGUAGGAAUGAGUGGAAAUAGGGUGAGGCCCUUUUCCACUUCCUGAAACUCCCAUAUGGGGCCUUCCAUUCCUGUUUCCUGUUCUCAGGAUUUCCAAGACAUCUGUUUCAACUCUGCUUUUUCCCUCCUUCCUUGGAAGGGACUUCAGUUGGGUAUGCUUGCACAAUAGAAAUAAAAUGAAUUGAGGUAUAGGGACAGGAAGAACUAGUCUCUGGGAAUUAGCACUUGUCAGAGGGAAAUGGGGUGGAGGAUCAAUCCAUUGUGUGGCAAGGCAGUAAAACUAGGGUGCAACUGGCAUAAUGUUUCUCAUUCUGGAGGGAGAACCUCUCUUACAAGUGGGGCAUAAUGUCUGUCUUUUAACUCCAUUUCAGGGAUCCAAGGAAGGGGGCCUCCUCUUUUUUGUACUCAGCAUCUCCUACACAGAUUUCAGUGAGGAGUCCCUACUGCUGAUCAUAGCUCCUCUCCCUGUAAAUCCCUUUCCUUUUAGAUAAAUGCAGCAUUUAUAAGAGUGGACUUACUUGCACAAGCAAAUGUACCACCUUGACAGCAAAUCAUCUUUCAGGAAAUAGGCAUACUCCAGGACUCUGAGCAGUCAGAGGGUGUGGGCCCUAUGGAUCAUGACAGGAAUUUGGGUGUCAAGUCUCCUGGGUUCCCAGAUCCCCUCUGCCAAUUUCAGCCCUAUUCUGUUGCAUAGGACAAGUCUCUUUCUGUACCUCAGCCCCACCCUACCUUCCCCAGCCCUCAGUGAAAUGGAGAAAAUACUACUCCUUUGUUGGUUCAAAACUCCAACGUGUGCUGAAGAGGACUGUUGGCUGAACGUGAAAUGUAGUUGUCAUUGUACUGAGUGAUGUGUGAUAGCAGGAGCUCACCGGUGGCAGAAAAAGAUAUGGAAGAGGGAACUGGAAAGUGGUGAGGAGGGAGCAGGGGAGCAAGUAAUUGGUGUGGAUCCACCCUUCCUUGCCUAUCUCCCUUUAACCCCCAUGUGUUUGGUUAGGUGAUUCCCUCGUGACACUCAUGAUGCUUUGCAUCGAUGUGGGCUGGAAAGGGAGGAGUUUGGCCUCACAAGUUUUUUUUUUUUGCAUGCUUUCUUAA